GCCGGGGAGCGGAGGAAGCAGCCCAGGCCGGCGCGGCGGCGAGGAUUCCGGGAACAGCCUCGGUCCAGGGCGGUGGAGCAAGUCGGGAGGCGGGGCCGGGGCGGAGGAGCGGAGCCGCUCUCUCGCGACCUCUGCCCACUGCCUGGGUUCCGGGGACCCCCAGUAGCCUCAGUAGCAGCGCCUCCGACGCCCAGCGGGGUACGGCGGGGAGCUCCGCCUCGGGACGCGCCGCCCCUUGCGUCCGGCGGCCUCCGCAUCCCCGGUGCCUGGCCCACUCCGGACCGAGGUGUGGGAAAGCAGUCUGCUGAUAAUUCAGUUUGGAGAAAACACGGCGUUCCUGCCUCUGGGGUGUGUGGUCUCCAGGCCCUCUCUCAGCUCCUGUGCCUGUUGCCGUGGCCUUGGUGGCACCCUUCCCCGGUGGCCAGCCCAGGGCUUCCCCCACCCAUGCAGUCUCCCACCAGCACUGCCCAGGGCCUCAGCGGCCCCCUCUUUGGGGCCUACACUCUCCCCACCUUUAAGUUCCAGCCUCGCCGUGAGAGUGUGGACUGGAGGCGCAUCAGUGCCCUGGAUGUGGACCGCGUGGCACGGGAGCUGGACGUGGCCGCCCUGCAGGAGAACAUCGCCGGCGUCACUUUCUGCAACCUGGACCGGGAGGUGUGCGGCCGCUGCGGGCAGCCCGUGGACCCAGCGCUGCUCAAGGUGCUGCGGCUGGCGCAGCUCAGCAUCGAGUACCUGCUGCACUGCCAGGACUGCCUGAGCGCCAGCGUGGCCCAGCUGGAGGCGCGGCUGCAGGCCAGCCUGGGCCAGCAGGAGCGCGGCCAGCAGGAGCUGGGCCGCCAGGCCGACGAGCUCAAGGGCGUGCGGGAGGAGAGCCGGCGGCGGCGCAAGAUGAUCAGCGCUCUGCAGCAGCUGCUCCUGCAGACGGGCGCCCACAGCUACCACUCCUGCCACCUGUGUGACAAGACCUUCAUGAACGCCACCUUUCUCCGGGGCCACGUCCAGCGCAGGCACGCGGGCAUGGUGGAAGGCGGAAAGCAGAGGAAGCAGGAGCAGCCAGUGGAGGAGGUGUUAGAAGAGCUACGGGCCAAACUGAAGUGGACCCAAGGGGAGCUGGAAGCCCAGAGGGAGGCGGAGAGGCAGCGGCAGCUCCAGGAAGCAGAGGUCAUUCGCCAGAGGGAAGCAGAAGCUAAGAAAGAAUUUGAUGAAUGGAAAGAAAAAGAGCAGGCCAAGCUAUAUGGGGAAAUAGACAAGCUCAAAAAAUUAUUUUGGGAUGAAUUUAAAAGUGUUGCCAACCAGAACUCUACCUUAGAGGAGAAGCUGCAGGCACUGCAGUCCCACAGUGUGAUGAAGUCCAACCUGGGGUCCCUGCGGGAUGAGGAGCCCGAGGAGCGACUCAGGCAGGCUCAGGAGCUCUGGGCUCUGAAGGAGAAGAUGGAAAUGCAGAAAGCAGAAUGGAGGAGGAAAAUGAAGGCACUGCAGGAAGAGCAUGCAGCUCAGAAGAGAGAGCUACAGGAGCAGAACGAGAGGCUCCAGGCUACCCUGUCUCAGGAUCAGAGGAAAGCAGCCGCCCAGGCCCAGCGCCAGAUCAGUGCCCUCCGCGCCCAGCUCCAGGAGCAAGCCAGGCUCAUCGCCUCCCAGGAGGAGAUGAUGCAGGCCAUGUCUCUCCGGAAGGUGGAGGGGAUCCCUGAGGGCCCGAAGACUGUGGACACAGAUGCGGACUCUUCCGAGGAAGAGCUGGAGGACUCCCACAGUGGACAGCAGAAGGUGCUGGAAGCCCUGAGGCGAAACCCCACCUUGCUGAAGCAGUUCAGACCAGUCCUGGAGGACACCCUGGAGGAGAAGCUGGAAAGCAUGGGGAUAAAGAGAGAUGCCAAGGGAAUCCCUGCUCAGACCCUCAGACACCUGGAGUCCAUCCUGCGAACCCAGCGGGAGCAGAAGGCCAGGAGGUUUUCCGAGUUUCUGAGCCUGAGGGAGAAGCUCAUUAAGGAAGCCACCAGCAGAGUGAAGGACAGACAGAGGGACGGGGCCCCAGUGUCCCAGCCAGAGGGUGAGGUGCCAGUCAAAAGCCCGCAGAGCCCGCUGGUCACCAAAGAGGCCCAGCCGAAGGCCAGGACCGUGCCUGUGGCACAGCCGUCCAAGCCGGCAGAGCCCCCCGUGACAAGUCUUCAGAGCCGCAGCAGCCAUAGCCUGGGCCUGGCCCCGGGACCCACCCCUACUCCUCGCUCCAGAGCGUCUGGACCCCCUGGCACCCCUUCUUCCCCAGGGCCUGGGCUGAGUACGCCCCCGUUCAGUUCUGAAGAGGACUCGGAGGGAGAUGCUGGGCCUCGUGCGUCCCUCCAGCCCCCGAGAGUUCCUUCGAGGGUGGGGCCCCAGCCGCAGGAUGACUGGGACUGGUCUGACACCGAGACCUCGGAGGGGAGUGCCCAGUCCCCUGGCAAGGGCUCAGGCGGGCUGGCCUCCUCAGGAACGCUGGUGCAGUCGAUGGUCAGAAACCUCGAGAAGCAGCUGGAAGCUCCAGCCAAGAAGCCUGCUGGAGGGGUCAGUCUGUUCUCAGUGCCCAGUGCCAGGCCACAGAAAGCCGCUGUGCCAGGAGGAAAGCCCCAGCUUUCUGAGGAUGAGAGUGACUUGGAGAUCUCUUCCUUGGAAGAUCUCCCGCAGGACCUAAACCAGAAAGAGAAACCGAAGCCCUUGUCUCGCUCAAAGUUCCCGGAGAAGUUUGGCACCAGCUCUUGGAGCCCCAGUCAACCCAGGGUCCCUGGCUGGUGAGCCCGCUUCUGAUUCUGGCAGCCAGAGGGCCAGCCUUGUCGCCCAGCUGGGUGGGGCUGGCUCAGAACCCCCCAGCGAUGGGGCUGCUGGGCAUCUUGUCUCCCCCAGGAGCCAAGAGGUCUUCUCCUUGGACAGAAGCAGAGUAGAAGACAGAUAUUAUUUCUCCCGUCCCCCAUGAGAGCCCUGGUAGGGUCCCUUGGGUCCCAGGGCUGAGAAAGGGUUGUAACAGGACCUUGAAAGAGCAUCCUUUUUCUACCUCCAUGUUCACUCCAGACUGAAAGGAGACACUUGGUCUCUACUCUGCGGUGUCUUGUAAACCUCGGCAACACCGUAGAGCUGGGUCUUUUAUGGGGUCCUUUGGGGGACUUACACCUGAGUCAGUCAUUCAGUAAUUGACCCAAAGUCGUUUACUGAGAGUGUCUGGCUUCUUGCUGCUGAGCUGGGUUGUAGGCAGAGAUAGGGAUGGAAAUGAAAAGUACGGGCUCAUAAUAGAGAUUGGGACGUUAUGGGAGCACAGACAGAGUCUCUCAGUGCAGCUGGGUGUGAAUGUGGAGAGCUUCCCAGAGCUGAUGUCCUCAGGACCUGCUCAUGGGUGGGAGGGGAGGAGCCCCCUGGCUGGGGCGGCAUAUCUCCAGGGGACCACAGAUUCAGUUUUGAUAAUAUUUCUAAAAUUAGGUUAUAUGCAUAUAUAUAGUAUUUUUUUAAUGUGAAGAGCAUUAAUUUAUGCAAACCCUUAAAUACAGCAUGUUUAUCACUCUCUGGUAUUUCUUCCUUGUUUUUGGAGCUUCAGCAGGGACUGGGUGGGGGCCAGAGCCAUCUGUACCCCAGCCGUCAGUUUAGGACUUGGGGGUGACGUUGCCAAGACGGUGGUAGCGGUGCGAUGGGUUUGUUGGGGAGUCACUCCUGUGAAAAGUGAAGGCAGAAGAAGCUGGAUCAGGGCAAGUGCUCAAGUGCAGUGUGGGUCUGGCCCCCAUGAGAGGAGGCGAGCAGGCAGCAGGAGUGGGCAAGGGGAGGCCAGACGCCGUGCAGCUGACACCCCCACCAAGCUGGUGGGAGCUCCAGAGCAGGCCCAGCCCACCAGGGAGUCCCCACUGGGCAGGGUGGCCAGAGCCCACUCUGCUUGGCCAUGGGCUGCGGUGCCCAGGAGAGUGAGAACUAGUGGAGUAGCCAUGGUUCUCCAUAAAGGGAAGCCCAGCCGUGCACCUCCAGGCCUCAUGAGUAGAGGGAACAGACCCUUCAACCCUUAGUAACUCAGCUCAUGGCCAAUUUGGCUUCAUCUCUCUUUCCACACUACCUCGGGUCUCUCCCCAGCUCUCCAUCCAGGCUUCUUUUGACCUCUGGGUGGUAAGCCCUGAGGUUCUAGCGGGAAGAACUAGGGGAAGUGAGGAGGAAAGGCAUUGCCGAGGAUAAAGGGGUCUGGGGGUGGGGAGGCUUGGGGGUAUCAUGGUACCAAGCUGUUCAGUGAGGCUAGGGCACAGUUUAUGAAGGGCCUUAUGUGGGAUCCGGGGUCAGCCCACCUUAGCUGCUAGGGCGUAAAUUCCCUUUGUGGAUCUUAUACCUUUGAACAGCUGAGAAUAUGUAUGGAUUACCCCAGUGGCUCGGUGAGGAGGGGAAGGAGCAGUGAGUGGGGAGUGGUAGUGAGGUUCAUCCCUCUCUCAGGAGUCUGCCAACAAAGUCAUGCUUUCCUAUUCACAGGCUUUGGGCGAGGGAGGUAAAAAAAGAAAGAAGAUGCUUGUGGGUCGCUUGCCACCUCCUGGUUUCCUGUAGCUCUGGGUGCGCUACUGAUGCCGCUCCCCACAUCACAGUGCACCCUGGGACCUCUGCUGCUUGUCCUCAGGUUGUUUCUGCUGUGGGAGGCUGCACGGGCUAUGUGCAGGUCCAGCCUGGAAGUGGCAGAGAGCUGACUCUACCAGGGCAGCCUGCACUCGAGGUGGAGUGGGAGUUGGUGAAUAAUUGCUCCAGCUUCCUGCCCUUUGGUUUGACAAUUCGGAGGUUUAUUCCACAGCUUUUCAAAGUCUCUAGGGUAGGUGAAUCCCAGUUGUCUUGAACGUUACAACUUGUUAAUGCAUCCUUUAUUGGCCUUUCUCCUUCUGGUUUCACUUUUCUCACUCACAUUUGCUUCUUGGGAGUACCUCUGAAAUAAAUUCACUUGUACCCAAAUCUUUGCCUCAGGCUAUGCUUUCAGGGUGACCCAAGUGAAAUAGAUGUGAAAGCCCAUGUGUUUUCACACACGCUGGUGAUAAUCACCCAUGAAGAAUGACUCUAUUCCUGAAUGUUCAUAAUUAAAUCCUAUGUUUCUGAAUCUGUUUUUCUACUUUGGAGACUAAUGUAUUAGUUUUUCAUUUGCCAAGCUCUGAAGAAUUGAUGCUUUUGAACUGUGGUGCUGGAGAAGACUCCUGAGAGUCCCUUGGACUGCAAGGAGAUCAAACCAGUCAAUCCUAAAGGAAAUCAACCCUGAAUAUUCAUUGGAAGGACUGAUGUUGAAACUGAAGCUCCAAUACUUUGGUCAUCCGAUGCAAAGAGUUGACUGAUUGGAAAAGACCCUGAUACCGGGAAAAUUGAGGGCAGGAGGAGAAGGGGGCUAUAGAAGGUGAGAUGGUUGGAUGGCAUUACCCACUCAAUGAAUAUGAGUUUGAGCAACCUCAGGGAGAUAGUGAAGGAUAGGGAAGCCUGGUGUAGUUCUGUCCGUAGGGUCACAAAGAGUCGGACAUGACUUAGCAACUGAGCAAUUGCUGUUUAUCCCUUCCCACUUUAAAAUACAUUGAAAAAUUUGAGGGCAAGAUUUAUAAGAACUUUGGAACAUGUGUAUUAAUUAGGGUUCUCGGGCUUCCUUUGUGGCUCAGCUGGUAAAGAAUCUGCCUGCAAUGCGGCAGACCUAGGUUCGAUCCCUGGGUUGGGAAGAUCUCCUGGAGAAGGGAAAGGCUACCCACUCCAGUAUUCUGGCCUGGAGAAUUCCAUGGAUGACUGAGCAACUUUCACUUUUCCAGAGAAACAGAAGCAGUAGGAUAUAGAUACAGAUGUAGAGUUAAAUACAUAGAAGAGGAAAUUUAUUAUAGGAAUUGACUCAUACAGUAGGGAGGCCAGGAAGUCCCCUGAUCUGCUGUAUGCAGGGUUGGGAACCAGGAGAGAACCCAACCCCUGGUGUUGGUCCUGGAGUGCGAAGGGCCGAGAACCAGGAGCUGGAAUGCCCAAGGGCAGGAGAAGGUGGACAUCCCACUCAAGAAAAGAGAGCUGAGUCAUCCUUCCUUCUUUUUCCUUCCUUUCUGUUCGAUUUGGGCCCUUGGUGGAUGGAAUGAUGCCCAGCCAGGCUGGUGAGAGUGGAUUUUCUUUAUUCUGUCUACUGAUUCAAAUGCUAAUCUCUUUCAGAGGCACCCUGAGAGACAUGCCCAGAAAUAAAGUUUUCCCAGCUAUCUGAGCAUUCCUUUGCCCAGUCAAGUCGACACAUAAAAUUAACCACCACAAUAUAUUAAAUUUAUUAUAUAAUGUAUUAAAUUAUUUUAAAAUUAUCCAAACAGUAAGAUGAUGUAGAAAAAUUAGAAAACACAGAUGAGCCAAAAGAAAAAUAAAUCUGAAUAGUCCCCAACUCCAGAGUCAACUACUAGAUAUACAUGCAUUGAUUAAAAAAAUACAUAUGUCUCCUUCCUACAGUUCAACUAUAUUUAUUCUUCUCUAACUUGAUUUUCCUUCUUGAAAAUAGAUAAUAAAUUUCCUUACAUCAGUACAUAUGUAUCAACUUAAUUAUAUUUAAUGACCACAUAGUAUCACAUGGUAAAGAUUACAGAAAUUUAUUUAACCAGGCUUUUCUACUUUGGGCCUUUGAUAAAUCAUGAAAUGAUAAACAAAUGUGUAUAUACAUCUUUGUGUGCUUAAUUAAGAUUUCCUUAGGAUAAGUACUUAGAAGUGAGGUUGCUGAACCAACAUGGUAAUGAAAGCCAGCACUGUAUGCCAGGCACUGGUCCAAGCUUCUUAUGAAUAUUCACUGAACUUCACAGCAACUCUUUGAGGUGGUGACGCUCUUACAGUCAUUUUGGGACCAGGGGCUGAGACACAGAGCAGUUAAGAAACCUGCCUUGAAUCCUGUCUCCAGUAAGUGGUAUGACUGGGAUCCAAUGGGGCUGGCAGGCCCUGGAGCCCUGGCUUCUCACCAUGUAUUUUGGGGAAUUUUUGUUACAUAAACACGCUCCAGAAAACCUGAGCCACUUGAGUCUAAUGUUUGAGAUGCUCCUUUUAGCAUUUCCUUGCCACCAGGGGGUAUCAUUCAUCUUUACAUGCUUGGACAACGUGAUAUGUAAAAAAUGAAACCUCAUCUUUGAAAAAAUUUGCACUUUUUAGUUUUCUCCUAAGGCAGGAUUUUUUUUUCAUUUUCUUAUUGGUUAUUUCUAUGUCUUCUUUCAUAAAUUGCCUGAUUGUAUUCUUGGUGCUCUUUGGGUCAGUUGAUUCAAUUUUCCUUCUUGCUUUUUUCUUUAUCUGUUUAUUAUGGAAAAUUUCCAGCAUAUAUAAAAACACAGAGACUGUAUAAUGGCCUUGAUGUUCUCAUCACUCAGCUUUAAUAAUUAUCAGUAUGUGGUGACUCUUACUUCCUGCAAACCUCUUAGCAACCUCCCCCAAAUAGUCAUAUUAUUAUAUCUACAAAUACUUCAUAUGUAUCUUCCAUAUGUACUUUCUUUUCAAAAUAACCACUAUACCACCACCACUAAAACAAAAAUCAGUAAUAUCUUCUAAACAUUGUCUAAUAUCUACUGUGCUCACGUGUCCUCUCUUUUCCUAUAUAUUUAAGUCUCUUUUAAUCCAUAGAUUCCUUCUCUAUUUUCCCCUUCCUUUCUUCCUUCCCUCCCACAUUUUCUUCCUCACAAUCUUUAUUAUUAUUUUGUUUUUGUUGCUAAAGAAAUUUGGUUAUUUGCCUAGAAGAAUUCCCCCAUCUGGAUUUUGCUGACUACAUUGUUUAAUGCAUUCCUCUUUCCCCUGAACUAUCUGUAAAUUUCUAGUUAGAUCUAGAAAUUGAUGAGGUCUCCCUGGUAGCUCAGUCGGUAAAGAAUCUGCAGGCAGUUCAGGAGACCUGGGUUGAUCCCUGCAUCGGGAAGACCCCCUGGAGAAGGAAAUGGCAAACCAUCCCAGUAUUCUUGCCUGGAGAAUUCCAUGGACAGAGGAGCCUGGUAGGCUGCAGUCCAUGGGGUCGCAAAGAGUCGGGGCAUGACUGAGUGACUAACAAGGACUGACUGCAUGAUCAGUUUCAACUUUUAUGAUUUUUUGAUUCUUUUUUGACAAGAACUUCUUAUGUAGCACUAUGCAUCUCUGGUAGGAGGCACAUAAUGCCCGGUUCUCUCUUUUUAUGGUGUUGGUUUUGGCAUUGAUGAUAUAUUGAAGAUCAUUGUCUAAAUCUAUUGAUUAGGGAUUUCCAAAAUUCCUUUGGCAUUUACUAGCUGGAAAAUGUCUACAAGGGGGAUUUCCCCAAAUAGAACUGCCUGGUUGCCUUAAGAUAUAGUUUAUAUAGGUUAGGCACCUAAGAGAUUGAUUCUUUCCUCUUUCAAAAUAAUGAGAUGGUUUCCUAGCCUUCUCCAUGGGUACCAUACAAACUCCUACAUUGAAAUAUAUUUGAUUUGUUGAAAUUGAUUGUAGCUGUUAUCCUUAUUGUUGCUGAACUUGUCCUGUCUUUGGCCAGUGGGUGCCUCUUCAAGUUGGUUCCUGGGUCCUUUUGAAUAACCUUAGUAAUCUGAUAGCUUCCUUGCUAUCUGUUAUGAGAGAUGAUCCAGGCUCAUUGCAUACAUUUCCUGCCUCAGAUUUGAAAUUAGUAAUUUCUUUGGGGGAAUCCUGAUUCCUUUUAGAGGAAAAUGGCAUUUACAGACACAAUCUGGGUGCAGGGUAUACUGAUUACUAUUAGUCUUGUCAUUACUUCUAAGCCCUUUCAGUGGACAGAGACAGGAAAUAAACAAGCAAGAAAAGAUAAGUUCAUACUGAUAUUUCCCAUUCAAAUUUAUGACUAUAGGAUUUUUACUUUAUUUCAUUGAUCUAAUAUCUAUUUGUAUCUUUUUUCUUCCACUCUAAACAGCCGUGGCUCCCAACAGCACAAUCUCAGUCUCAGAAUAGCAACACCAACUUUAUUGUCCACAAUGUAAUAAUUGGAAACAGUUUAACAUUUAUUGCUGUUACAUUUUGGAGUUUUGGGGUCCUUAGGGUAUAUCCCACUGGGGAUGUACAGUUAAAUUACUAUGUUUUAAAAUCACAUCCAAUAGUUUCUCUCUGUGGUUAUGCUACUGAAUGGCUACAUAAUUUGGUUUGCUUCUUCAUUGUACUUUUGAUUUUUAGAGAUUGUAUCUUAAUUAAUUUGCUUUAUAUAGCUUAUAUAUAUAUAUAUUGCUAAUAUAUAAAAAUAUUAAAAUUACAUAUAUUAUUAUAUUAAAAGUCUAUACAUAUUGAAAAUAUUAAUAUAUUGUCAUAUUGCUACUAUUUGUCUUUUUGUUUAUAGGUUCAUUCUCAUAGAGAGAUUUUUAAAAUUCUUUUAUAUCUAACUGAUGUUUUCCUUUAUAUCCAACUGAUGUAUGCCCUUGGUGUCAGAAUUAGAAAGGCUUUUUUCAUUCCAGUAUUCAUACAGUUUCAAAUAUAUUUUUCUUUUACUUCUAUUACAAAAUUUAAAAUUUGACUGUUAAUAUAUCUGGACUUUGUGUGUGGAGGAUUGAUGGCUACAAGCUGUGAGUUAGGGAUGUUACCUAUUUUUUUUUCCAAAAAAUUAGCCAGGGGUUUCACCAACGUUAUUUGACAAUUUAUUCUUUCUUCACUUUUAAAAAUAUCCCCUUUAUCAAAUGUAAAUUAUUGUAUGUGCUUACAUCUGUUUUUGGACUUUUUAUUUAUUCCAUUAAUCUGACAGCUUUGGCACUAGAUUUGUACUGUUCUUAAUAAAAUUUAUCAUCUUGCAGGACACAAAAUUAUUUUCACCUCUCAGAAUUUUACUACUGGCUAAUUUUUGAAGUUGAAAUUAUAUCAGAUUCUUAUAAAUGAACAAAUAAACAUGGAUGGCUCAACAUGCA